UAUAUAUAUACGCUUUGUUUUAAUACAAGGAGCAAUUUACGUAUGAAAUUACGUAAAAACUGCACGGAUUUGGAAUACAUGCCACGUGACAAUCUCGCGCCAAUUCGAGAGUUGCAACAUCCGGAGGAUUCAGCUACUGCGCUGGUCAGGUCGUCUUCAUUUAUGCACUGCAUCUGCUACUAAAUACUUUAUUUGAAGGUUGCAUAUAUAAUUUAUCCUAAGCAGUCUGCAGUACAACGGAAAAUUAAUGACGAGCUAACUAUGGACUUAAGUGCGUUUGAAGCAGACAAUUCCGUCAGUUGCCGCCUGACCUCCCCUGUACCCGACGCCUGUAGGACCGAAGACUGCUGUCUGGGAAUCGACGAGGCCGGCCGGGGUCCUGUGCUAGGGCCUAUGGUGUAUGGAAUAUGUUUCUGUCCUGUGUCCAAGAAGGAGGAACUUAAGAACCUAAACGUGGCAGACUCAAAGACACUGACGGAGGCUGAAAGGGAGAAUCUGUUUCUGAAGCUGGAUAAGGCAAAAAGCUUCGUGGGCUGGGCCCUUCAGGUCCUUUCUCCCAAUACCAUCUCCACCAACAUGUUACAGAGGGUGAAGUAUAAUUUAAACGCUCUGUCUCAUGAUGCUGCCAUCGGCCUGGUUCAGUACGCCCUGGACUGUGGUGUGCAAUUGAAAGAGGUGUUUGUGGACACGGUGGGGCCAGCGGAGAAGUACGAGGAGAAACUGUCCAAGCGCUUCCCCGGGGUGAAGGUGACGGUGAGACCCAAAGCCGACUCUCUGUUCCCCGUCGUCAGCGCGGCCAGCAUCUGUGCCAAGGUGGCCAGGGACCAUGCAGUGAAAGGCUGGACGUUUGCAGAAGACUUGGGGGAGGUGGACACUGAUUAUGGCUCAGGCUAUCCCAAUGACCCAAAAACAAAGAGCUGGUUGCUGAAGUAUUUGGACCCGGUGUUUGGUUAUCCUCAGUUUGUGCGCUUCAGCUGGAGUACAGCGCAGACUCUACUGGACAGCAAAGCCUUCGCUGUACACUGGGACGAUGACGAGGAGGAUGGAGAGAAGGGAGCAGCUCGACAGAAAAACACAUCCAUGUUGUCAUAUUUCAGCCAUAGCAAACCCAAAGGACACUCCCCCACACACAAAACGCACCGCUUCUUCACCGAGCGCAGACUACAGAACGUUGACACAUUCUGAACUGAACACACGCACAGCGUGCAGAGUUUGGAUCACAGAAUCUAAACACAUUUUGGACUGUAAAUUCUCAUAGUUCAGAAAUUCAGUGUCUGCUCAAAAUGUAAUGUUGUAUUUUAUGCAUGUUUCCUUAAUGUUCAAGUAAUAAAAUGUGUAUUUUAUACACUA